CUGCAGUCGGAGAACACAUACCUCUGCCAGAUCUACAACCUGACGCUCCUCUGCACGGAGGAUUACAUCGUUGAGCCCCAGUCGGUGCAGUUCCUGGUGCAGCACGGCUUCGACUUCAACAAGCAGUACUCCCAGGGCAUCCCUUACCACAAGGGCAACGACAAGGGCAAUGAGAACCAGAGCCAGAGCGUUCGGGCCUUUUUUCUGGAGCUCAUACGAGCGAAGAAGCCUCUGAUUCUCCACAACGGCCUCAUCGACCUGGUCUUCCUGUACCAGUGCUUCUAUGCUCACCUCCCAGACAGUCUUGGCACUUUCACUGCUGACCUCUCGGAAAUGUUUCCGGCAGGAAUAUACGACACCAAAUAUGCUUCUGAGUUUGAGACUCGCUUUGUAGCAUCGUACUUGGAGUAUGCUUAUAAGAAGUGCAAGCGAGAGAACUGCAAGCUGAAGGACUCCAGCAGCCAGCACCUCACCAUUGAAUUCUGCAACUACCCUGCCAGCAUGUCCUGUUACAUUGACUAUCGCCACUGCUCUCUGGAAGAAGAAGUCCACAGUGUAGGAGGGGAAAAUAAGGUGCCUGCCUAUGGCUGGUGUCCAAAAGGGGUGAAGUGUCCACAGUCCCAUAACAUUGACCUCAUCAUUGAUGAGGAUGACAGGCAUUGUGAGGAGAAGCGGAAGAAACGGAAAAACAAAUGGAAGCGUCGCAAGAACACAGAAGAGCCUGCGAAGGUGUUUGGGCAGGAAGGCUCAGGGAAGGAAAGGGAGCUAGCUCAGACUGGGGAGGAGGGACCACCACGAAAACAGAGCUGCUACGAGCCUGCAGCUGCUCCGGAGCUGGCGGAGAUUCCACCCAACAAUGAGGGCAGGCCACUGGAGGAGAACUCCACGGGCAUGGAACCAGAGGUCAGCUCAGACACCAGCACACAACAGGAAGAGGAUCUGAGGAGCACCGAAGGAACUACUGUCCACGUAGCAGCUGCUGUGAGCCCCUCUGCCAGGGGAAAUGCCUCUGGCAGUGACCAAGUGGAGGAGAAGUCAGAGGUUCCUGCCAGGGUAGACUCAGGCAAUCACCCAGAUAUGCCUGAGACUGAAGCAGCACAUGCUGCAGAAAAGGAAAAGGAAACCCACUGCCCACCUUCACAGGGGGGCACACACCGAGCUGGCUUUGAUGCAUUCAUGACUGGUUAUAUCAUGGCUUAUGUCUGGAUGCUCAAGAAAGGGAGAAAGACGGACAGUGGUGAGGGGCCCUGGCUGCCAGCCUGCCACAACAAACUGUACCUCAGUGGGAAAUCGGUCCCGCUUCAAAUAGUGAAGAGCUUGUUUUCUAAAUCUUCUAAAGCUCACAGCCAGAAGAUGAAGUUAGCCUGGGCCAGCAGAUAG